UUUAACCUUUUGUAUUCCGUGCAGCCAUCCUGUAUCUUAAGAAUCCAAGCAUGGAUCCCCAGUUUCGCAUUUAUUUUUCGCAGGAGUGGUUUAAUGCCCUCCAUCUUUCAGUUAGGAACUUCUUAAGCGAGAUGUUUAAUGGUACCCGCAUCCCUGCCCUACUGAAGAUCAGUUCUGAAAAGAAUACUGUCAACCGACUCAAAAAAGACAUUAGGCAACUUAAUGUUAGAUUGUCUGAACUUCAGGCUUUGUUGGAGGAGAAAGAAGCUCAGUUAUUUCGAUCAAGGAGUAAUGCUUCAUCAGUAUUGGAAGUAAGAAUGGGCCAGACAAACGGCACAAUGAGCUCCGUAACCGGGAUUCCAUCAACCGGUGUUCAUGAAGUGAGUGUUCUCCCAUCCAGGGUUUCUCAUGAAACUUGUGCACCUGCGAGUGAAGCAGAUUCAGCGAAGGAUUGGGUUGUUGCUGGACCUGCCGAGGUUUCAUCAGAAUUGAUCCCAUCGAAGUUUGCCCAAGGUUCAAGUUCUAAAUUAGACCGCCGUCUUGGAGAGAGUGGGACGAGUGAUACCCUUGAAAUGUUUCGGGAUGACUUUUAUAUUGACACUGGCAGAGAAAUGGAUGGAGAAGAAGAAUUUUUGGAAGUGAAAGUAGAUUUUCAGGAGACAUUUUUAGGCCACACAAGUCCAAUCAGUCGGUGCCGCUUUUCUGCAUCAGGAAACAAUAUCGCCAGUGCUUCUGUGGAUGGUACUGUCAGGAUAUGGACAUAUGACCCAUCAACUCCAGCAUCAAGAAAUGCGACCAUCUACUGUGGAGCAGAGAUCAUGUCACUUGAGUGGGAUUGUAAAUCAGACCGUUUGCUUCUCAUAGGCACUGCUGAUGGAGGCAUUAAAGCAUGGAAUGUUGAUGCAAAGAGAGUUGUUUGCGAUCUCAGCACAACUGAAGCAUUUCCAAGUGUCUUGGAUCUAAAAUGCAGCCCUGUGGAACCAAUUUUUGUUUCUGCAGCAGCAUCCAGAGGGUAUGGCACAAGUUAUAUGGAUAAAUUGGGAUUUGCAAGCUUAACUGUCUGGAACAUGAAAACAUGGAAGGCUAUGACAGUCCUUCCCCUUGGUGAAGAUCCUCCGGCAAUUACUUCCUUAUGCUUCAACCAUAACGGGAAGAUUUUAGCAGCUGCUGCAACUGAUGGAAUGAUUCAUAUGUUCGAUAUGUCUGCCGGACUACAAAUUACUGGGUGGCCGGCUCAUGAUUCUGCUAUUAGCUCUGUUCUUUUUGGGCCUGAUGAGACAAGUAUUUUUAGCUUGGGGAUAGAUGGAAAGAUAUUUGAAUGGAGCUUGCAAAACCAAGGUAAAAUUCUUUGGUCAAGAAAUUGCAGCAGGUUCUGUAAUCGUGAUAACUCUGAACAUAGACAUGAAAUGGCUUUAGAUGCUAAUGGGAAGAGACUGCUGGCAACAUCUGGUUCAGUGAGAGCACCCAUCUAUCAGGUUCGAGGUCAUACAAAUGGGAUGAAAACCCUUCCUCACAGUGCAGUUAUAACCACUGUAGAUUGGCAUCCAACCUUGCCCAUUUUCUUGACUGGUUCAGCUGAUCACUCAGUCCGGGUGACAUCCACGUUGUGACGGUUUUGUUGGUUCUAAUUAUAAAUUUAUUUCUGGUUUUUAGAGCACCAUGGCGUGAAUUAUACUCCAGGGAAAAUGAUUCAACCAAGUUCUCAUUGGUGUGUCUUUCACGGAUUUUGUCUCAAAGGCGAUAAUUAAUGUGUAAUUCAUCAAACAGUUUAUGUUAUAAUGGAUUGAUCAAUUUUUGGCUUCUUGUGUGUGUGUUGAGAAAGAGAGAGAGAGAGAGAGAGAGAGAUGUGGAUGACCUUGCAAACAUUUGCAAUGUGUUUGUGUCAUAAAAUUGAUAUUGCGUUUUAUAGGAGAAGUUAUUUGGUAGGUUCGAUGGUUGAGUAAUGAGAUUUGGUUUGUCUUUUGGACA